AAUUCUCCUACUCCUACUUUCCUGGAAGAAAGUCGUAAAGCGGUCAGCAUCUAAAAACUUACGGAUGAGCUUUUAAUUCGCUAACGUUAAGAGUUAUAAGAAUUCUAUAACACAAAGAUUUAUUACAACUUAAAACAAUGGCUUAUAUGGUGAAUAAUUUAGUGCUGCCAAAUCUGCAUGCAGAUACUAGCAACUUAGUUCCAGAUUGGCUUCAUUCAGAGCAAAGUACUGGAACAUCAAUUAUGGCAUGUGAAUUUGAUGGAGGAGUUGUGAUUGGAGCAGAUUCUAGAGCAACAACAGGGGCUUAUAUUUCCAAUCGUUUUGCUGAUAAAUUAACGAAAAUAACAGACUACAUUUACUGUUGUCGUUCUGGUUCUGCAGCAGAUAGUCAGGCCAUCGCUGAUGUUGUUUCAUUUCAUUUAAAUUUUCUCAAAAUGGAACUAGGUACAGAACCGUUAGUAGAGACAGCUGCAAGUGUGUUCCGUGACUUAUGUUAUACCUAUCGAGAUUCUUUAUCGGCUGGGAUCUUAGUAGCUGGAUGGGACAGCCAGAAGGGAGGUCAAGUUUAUAGCAUUCCUUUAGGUGGUAUGUGUGUACGGCAACCAAUUUCUAUUGGUGGAUCAGGUUCGACGUACGUGUACGGCUACAUGGAUUCACAGUAUAAACCUAAUAUGUCAAAGGAUGAGUGCGUUAACCUAGUUGAAAAUACGUUGGCAUUGGCGAUGUCACGUGACGGUAGCAGCGGUGGUGUCAUUCGAGUCGGCGUUAUUACAGAAAAGGGAAUUGAAAGGAAAGUUAUACUAGGCAACGAACUACCACGUUUCUACGAGGGAUGAAUGCGUUAGCUUUUAAACAUAAACAAUAUAUUUACUUACGUUGUAUCGUAUACUUCUAAAACCAUUGUACUGAACAGGUCAAGAUUCUUAAUUAAAUUUGAAAGAGAAAAAAAUAA